AAACGUAGUUUAGAGUUAGAUUAGGGCAUUAGAGGCCUGAUCAUAAAAAUUCCCCAUCUCACCGGAAAAUUUUUCGGAACUCUUGAAUUUUGGAAAUACAAUACAAAUACAACCCUCUCCCAAAACCAAAGUAAACGCAAAAUAGGAAGUACCAGGGUCUUGCAGAUCGAUCUAAAUCGUCUUCGAGCUAAACCAGAAUCACCUGCAUCUACCCAAUUGCUAGAGAGAGAGACUGCAACUUCGCCAUGGUCCCAAUUGACGACUCCAAGAAAGAAAGAGGCGCGUAGAUUGCAAUUGCUGUGGUGAAAGAAGAGAGAGAUUUCCGUCUAGAGAGGGUGAGAGGGCCAUGGCUUCCAUGUACCACAACAGUGGGCAUGGACCAGGCAGAACCCCUACUGCAAUCCCUCCACCUGCUCCUUUCCCCCAUCCUCAACCCUCCACCUUCCUUCCCCCUCCCCCCCAACAACCUAACCCUAACCCUAAUUUCCAUCUGAGCAACAAUAACACCGUCCUUCCUUCCCCUUACCCCCAAAACCCUAACCCUAAUUUCCACCACCAUGCAUACACAACCUCAUCCCACCACUACCGCAACUUCCCCUUCUCCUCGAACCCACCAUACACCGCUCCUCCUCCUCCUCCACCUCCUCUUCCUCUCAGUAAUCCUCCACCUCCCCCACCGCCACCUCCUCAACCCCCUCCUCCACCCCCUCCGCCUCUCCAAAACUCCGUGCACUACCCCCCUCCUCAUUACCCCCAAUUCUUCCCCUCCACACACAACUCGUCUAUGCACAACCCCCCACCCUCGCCUCCGCUGCCUCCCCCUUCAUCACCGCCACCUCCGCCACCCCCUGCAUCCCCCCCGCGGCCCAAAAUUGAGGCGUUUCAAAACCCUGCUCCAAAGCCCCCUGCAAAGGAGGCAAGGCCCCUACCACCCCCGAAACCGACUGGUGGAGCCCGCCCUCCUCAAUUGAAUGACCGGGGGAGAGUGGAGACUGAAGAGGAGAGGAGGGCAAGGAAGAAGAGAGAGUAUGAGAAGAAGAAGCAAGAAGAGAGGCACCAUCAUCAUCAUCAUGGUCAUAGGAGUCAUCAAUUGGGGGUUGGAGCUAAGGGGCAUUCAGGUUCAGGGAUGAUGAGGGGACCUGAGAGGAAGGGCCCAUUUUUGGGGGCUGAAAGGGUUGAGAAUAGGUUGAAGAAGCCGACAACCUUUUUAUGCAAAUUGAAGUUUAGGAAUGAGCUUCCAGAUCCCACUGCACAACCUAAGUUAUUGGCUUUGAACACAGAUAAAGAUCACAGAUACUCUAAAUACACUAUCACAUCAUUAGAGAAGCUGCACAAGCCAAAACUUUUUGUUGAGCCAGACCUUGGGAUACCUCUUGAUCUACUUGACAUCAGUGUUUACAACACUCCCAGUGUACGGCCGCGUCUUGCCCCUGAAGACGAAGAGCUUCUCCGUGAUGGUGAGGUAGCUACCCCUGUCAAACAAGAUGGCAUUAGAAGGAAGGAUCGCCCUACAGAGAAAGGUGUCUCAUGGUUGGUUAAAACUCAAUAUAUAUCUCCUCUCAGCCUGGAUCAAGCAAAGCUGUCUAUCACUGAAAAACAAGCAAAGGAACUCCGAGAAUCAAGGGAAGGUCGCAAUCAUUUCUUGGAGAAUCUCAAUAAUAGAGAAAAACAAAUCCAGGCAAUUGAAGAAUCGUUCAAAGCAUCAAAACUACCUCCAAUACAUCAAACCAAACCUGGUCUACAACCUGUUGAAAUCAUGCCACUUCUACCUGAUUUUGAGCGGUAUGAGGAUCGUUAUGUCAUGAUAUCCUUUGAUGGAGAUCCAGUAGCUGACUUAGAAGCCUACAACAAGUUGGAUCGUGCUACUCAUGAUGAACUUGAAUCAAGAGCUAUCAUGAAGAGUUUUGUUUCUGGGACAGAUUCAUCUAAACCGGAGAAGUUUUUGGCAUAUUUGGUCCCUGGACCGGAAGAGUUGACGAAGGAUAUGUAUGAUGAACAUGAAGAUAUUGAUUUCUCCUGGAUAAGAGAGUACCACUGGGAUGUCCGUGGAGAUGAUGCUGAAGAUCCCACUACAUAUCUUGUCAAUUUCGAGGAAGGAGGAGCAAGAUACUUGCCUCUUCCGACAAAGCUGGUUUUACGGAGGAGGAGGAUUGAUGGGAGAUCUGGUCAUGACAUUGAAACUCAUUAUCCUGUACCUUCAAGAGUGACUGUGAGACGGAGGUCUACUGUUGCCACAAAUGAACUAAAGGAAUCUGGAAGAGCGCCUUCAAUGCAUGAUCAUUCGAUUUCAAAGGUUGCUAUUCCCUCAAAGCGAGGAAGGUCUCCUGUUGAAGACGUUCAUGAUGACAGGCGUAAAGUUUCACGCUUGCAAGACAUGGAUGAUGAUCAAUUCAGUGGAGGGGAAGACAUGUCUGAUUGAUGCAAACAAUGCAUGAAGUUUUUCAACUGUUUAAGAGAUGUAAAUUAACACCCAGAUUUUUUGUUGUUCCAAGUGAGAUUAUUUACGGAGCAGGAAAGGGAUGGACAAGUUCAAGUAACUGAAAGGGAAGAUAACUUGGUUGUCUAUGUUUAUAUGGCUUAUCUCGAGUGAAUAACGUAAUUGAAGUUAUUAUUGAGCCAUACCAUCCGUUGUUACAUGAACCUAUUCAAAAGAACGAAAAUGUUUUUUCAGGGAACACAAUUGUAUCAUUCCCUUGAUGGCUGUUAUCUAUAAUGAUAUAAUUCCUCUUUUUCCAA